AUGUCAGAGAAUGUUUACAUAGUAGGGCAUGCAGCGCCCGGUUCAGACUCGAGCUACUAUUCGUAUUCAGUGGAAGCGAAUAGCGAAUACCUUCGGAAGGUGCGUCGGCACGCGCGCAUCAUCGCGGGGCAGUUCUUUGGACAUCUGCACGUUGACACGUUCCGUGUUAUAUAUGACAAAGAACGACCAGUGUCAUGGGCAUUCAUGGCACCGUCUGUGAGUCCACACUACCCAGCGGGGUCGUCCAAUCCUGGACUUAGACUCUACAAAUUUGAUUCCGAUACUGGCAAGGUGCUGGACUACACUCAGUUCUACUUGGACCUAGCGGUGGCAAACAAAGCAGGAGCGGCGGCGGAGUGGGUAGCGGAAUACAACCUGACGCAGUACUACGCUCUGCGAGAGGUUUCGGCGGAAUCUCUGCAUCUCCUAGCGGACAAACUGAGAAUAGGAACGGGUCAUGAGAUGACUACAUUUAACAAGUAUUUACGCGCUUACAACGUAAAAUACGAUGGCGCAGACAACUGCGACGGAGCUUGCGCGCAUCAACACUUCUGCGCGAUCACGUGUCUAGAACACCUCACUUACCGGCAAUGCGUAGACGCGGCAGCGAGCGCUCUCGCCGCGUCAGGUCGGUCCGCUUCGCUUGCCGCUCCGCUCGUGAACAUACUACUCACCCUUAUCAUAUGUAUCAUCGUGCUUUAAUUGUUUUAUCGUUAGCAAACUUUGAAUAGUAAUGGUGUAAUAACGGUGUGAGUUGAUGAAUUGAAAUAACGAGUGUUAUUUACAAUAAAGUCGACGUGAACGUUUUAUUGCCGCUAUGAAACUAGAUGUGUAAUAAAGAGAAGGGUUUUCGACUGGUGUGUGUGAAUUGUUAUGGGUAUGCUCGGGCUAUUUGUGAUAUGACAAGACUACGUUAGCGGCUCAUGGUUAUUAUUAUGGCGUUUUAAUAAAUUUGAAUAUGGAUAUUAUUCGAUGUAUUUCUUU